UUUAGUACGAAAUUUGCACGUUAAAAACACGUUUUUCAUUAUAUUUUUAACAGACAAAACUGUUACAGUGUAAAAAUGUCGGUAAAAGUAAUAUCUGCCUCACCGAACUGGUACUGCAGCAAAGUCGCCGACAGUAAUUCUUCGGGAAUUCUUGUUUUCGGUGCGCGCCACGACGUGUAUGUUUUCGGAUGUGACCAGUAUCCGCCGACAUUUAAAUCUGUAUUUGUUGGUCAUAAAGAGAAAUUGACAGCGUUGACAUUGUGUGAACAUGAAGAAUAUGUAAAGAUGUGUUGCAGUGCAUCUGAAGAUGGGGCUGUCAAACUCUGGAAUGUGGAAGAUAAUGUUGUGAACCUUGAGCAUUCUAUACAUUCACACAAGGUAACCUGCAUUUGUUGGUCAUUAGAACAAACAGAUCUGAUUGUGUCAGGAGAUGAGCACGGAACUGUGGGUGUUUGGCAGUUUGACAGUAACAAACAAGCAGCACAUAGACCAGAUAAAGGAGCUAUACUGUGUAUGGCAGCUUCACCAUACAAAGCUGGAGUGGUUGCCAUUGGAUACAAGACUGGUCAGAUUGCACUGAUAGAUGUAAAAAGGGGUGGUGUGAUAGUUUCCCGGCUUCGAGGACAUGAUGAGGAAAUAUAUUCACUGGCAUGGUGCCCAGUCCCCGGAGAGGACUACAGACCGUCACAGACUAGUGAAGAUAUAACUGACCUAGAGUCAUUCGGUGUUGAAGAGUCAUGGAGGAAGAAGCCUCAAGCUACAGUGAGUGAAGACAGUUUUGGUACAGAUGGUUGGUUACUGGCUUCCGGCAGUAAAGAUAAAACUAUCCGUAUAUGGAGCACAAGCCGGGCCAGACAACUGUCUGUUUUAAAGCUACCUGCCCCAGGUCGUCGAGAGAGGGCAGAUGAUGGUGGUAAAACGCGUGGUUGGUUGACAAUGUGCUGGUUACCACAUACCCCACAGAAUAUUGUGUCAAGCUCUUUGAGUGGAGACAUCCUGUUGUGGAAUAUUACAAAAGAUGGUAAGGAGAAAUGUCAGGGUCUACAUGCCCCAGGAAAGGGUCACUCUAGGUUUGCCUUCAAUUUGUGUCUCCUUGGAAGUGAAAAGACAAUAAUGUGUUCUACAUCAAUGGAUAGACAGGUAUUUUUCUGGGACAUGAAGCUGAAGUGUCAGGUGGGAACUAUGCCAACUUUUGGUGGAUACCUGUAUGUGGCUAAAACUUCUCCAUUUGAUCCAGGUCGACUAGCUCUGGGUAUUGGAGAUACAACAAUAAGACUGUUGAACCUGAGAUCGUCAUCUGAUUGGUUUGAAAUGACACAAUUAUGGCAGGGCAUCAGAGCUAAAGUUACAGCUUUAUGUUGGCAUCCUGCCAAAGAAGGUUUGCUAGCAUAUGGUACAGAUGAUGGACGUGUUGGAAUCUAUGAUACACUCUCAAACAAACCUCCACUAAUAUCUACUACCUACCAUAGAAGAACGGUGUAUGUGGUAACUUGGGGUCCGCCAUCUAAGUCAACCGUUGACCUGAAUGUAUCUACUCAUGGUUACCAUGUAUACAGCUGCGGAGAUGGGAACAUUCUAGAACAUCUGCCAAAGAAACUGGACAAGGAGGCAGUAUCUGUUGGGAAACUGAUACACACCUCUAACCCUACAUACAGGGCUGGCACAAGAGUUCCAACAAGAAGUGAGAUAUGUUGGAGCCCAGAUUUCUCUGUUGUUGCAGUUGGAAAUGAUGAUGGGACUGUUGAGGUAUACAGUGCAGGAGAUUUUGUAUUGAAGGCAAUAAUCCAGGUUCACCAUAAACUUGUCAACUGUGUUCUCUGGCAUCCAACAGUUACCAUGGCAUCACCUAAUGGCUCACCAUACAAGUUCUACCUGGCUCUUGGCUCCAAUGAAUCAUACAUCUGUGUGGUGGAUCUAAGCAAUGUGUUUGAAGGUGAAGAGAAACAGGAACCGUUACAGAUAACUGAAAGUUGGAGAAGACUCGAGGGCCAUUCGAGCCGGGUAACAGGCCUGGCCUGGAGUCCACAUACAGAUGGAUUUCUCGUAUCUGUUUCAUAUGAUGGAAAUGCUUUGGUGUGGAAUGUGACAGAUAAUGUCAUACUUGCUUGUUACAACGGACAUCUAGGCAAAUUGUUGUGUUGCCAGUGGAGUGGCCUUGACCCUGGAGAGGUCAUCACUGGGGGAGAUGAUUUCAGUGCCCAUAUUUGGCAGAUCAAAGAUCAUCCAGUGAGACCAGGACAGCUCGACACAAAGAAAAAGAAGAAAAAAAAAAUUGACAAGUUUAAAUCUGAGUCACCAGCAAGUAUUGACAGUGUUACCAUGGAAACAAAUGACAAUGUCAGCAUCACAGUAGAAGAUCAAGACGACAUAGAAAAACUGCUUGAAGAAAAGAGGAAGGAAUUGAUGGCUAAAGAUAUAAAGGUGGAUACAAAGGACAUUUGCAGUGAAGGGGGCGAUGCUUCUACAACAGUUCAAGAUGUAUCGGUGGUACAGAAAAGGGAGGUUAAAGUUUCUAGACAGAAAACAGACAAGUCUGAGAGCACUCAAAGAAGAAAGCAAAAGCUGAAGUCAAUGUUCCCGGAAACAAACAAACGAGACAAUCGAGGAAAGCAGUAUCUAUUGGAUGAUCUUGUUACACUGGCUAAACUGAUAUAUGGAGACAAAGAUUUCUUGGAAUCAGGACAGGAUGUUACUCACUUGGGACUGUUUUUAGACAGAAGAGCAACCUUUGCUUGUCUGGCAGUAGAAGGAGAACACCACCGUAACAAUGAGAACAUGGACUAUUUCUACCAGUUAGAAAUCUGGAAGGGCAAUAUCAAUGGUGCAUUACGUGUUGCUAGGCAACGUGAUGAACUCUCCGACUGGUUAGUUGCUAUGGCACCAAUGGCUUCAUUUGACACUUGGACAUCAGUGUGUGAAGAUUACGCUGUCCAGCUAGAGUCAGACGGACAGUACCACAAAGCAGCAAGCUACUUCCUGGCAUGUCACAAGGUGUACGAGGCAAUCAGGCUCUUCAAGAGGCAUAAACUGUUCAAGGAAGCAAUUGCAUUGGCUAAAGCAAGAUUGUCUCCCUUGGAUCCAGCUCUGGAGGAGUUGUACACCUUAUGGGCUCAACAACUGACUAAAGAUGGAAACUAUGAACAAGCUGCUAAAUGCCACUUGGCUAUGAAGCAGGUGCAGGACGCAGCCAAACUGUUGGCACGUCGAUACGACCAGUCAAGUUUACGUACAGCGGCCCAUAUCUCCAUGAUAGGCAAUGACAAACAACAGGGACUGAUGUAUACACAGAAAGUUGUACAUCAACACCUGCUGCAGCAAGAGUGGAAGAAAACGUAUGAAUUCCUCAGAAACAAGAAAGAUCUUCAGGUAUACCUGGCAACAAGCAGUAUGCACGAGAUGUUGUGUUGUGAACUAGAUACGCUAGGGAUACAUCCAGUAAGUCACGAUAUGCUGACCAAAUGGGACCAACAAGAUACCCAUAAAAUACAAUUACCAGAUUUCAUCCUUGAUCCCGGAGAUGUUAGUAGUCUAUCACCAUGGCAACUGCACUUGAUCAGAGGUCAUACAUUUCCUCACCAUGUUUUACGCAUCUGGUACAGCCAUUUUGACAUCGCCAUGGAUACCACUAGUGUUGAGGACAUGUAUAAAACAUUAUGUCUGUUGCAUGCUGGGAGACAAUCACAGGUUGAAUUACCUCAAAUCCUAAUUCAAGUGUGUACAGAUCUGACGUUAUGCAUGUUGUCUUUGAUGAUGUCGGAGACACCAACAGCAAUGUCACAUCUUCUGCAAGCUGUUGGCAGUCUACAUGAGGCAGGACAUUUACAUGUGUUGCAAGGCAUUCUCAGGCUCUUCCUGCCACAGGGACCAAAGUACAUAUUGAAGUUACAGCAGGAAGUGACUGCAAUGAGAGUGAUGAUCAGUAUGGAUACGCAUUCCCACGUUGACGGAGCGUCAAAAGUUCACACGAUAAAACGCUAUCUUUCUGAACACAAGGAUGAGAGUUUCAUAAACACUAGCAGUCUCAGAUGUAGAGAACUUGACUGUCUGAGAGCUUACUACUAUGUGGCUAUUCUUAACUUCUUAAAGGAGAGCUGUUUUCUAGGGGAAGCAACUAAGUCAGGUGAUCCUAAGGUUCAUGUAGAUGAAAGAGAAAGACUUGAUUCUGGUACAGUAGGAAAUAUUCCAGGAGAUUUGACUAAAUAUACUGUUUACUCUAGUCUGGAUGAAAACGCUAAUGCAGAUAGUGUAUUGAAGACGGAGGAUAUAGAAAAUGCUAAUGUAGAAUUGGAAGAUGAUAACAAAAAAAGUGGUAAUGGAAAAGCUAAAUCAGGUGAUUCAGAACUUACUGACAAUACAGAAGUGUUGAGGGUAGAUCUCCCUAAAUUAGACAAUACAGAAACCAGUGGGAAAAAAUCAGACAACAAAAAUGAUAAUGAAAACGACAAUCAAAUGGUAGUGAAAUCAAAACAUGAAGCCAAAGUUGAAAAGGUUAAUAAUACAAAAUUCAGCAUUAAACAGACUAGAUCUCAGUUAAGCCCGGUGUUAAAUGUGAAUCACUACUCCAUAACAGUAGGACAGUUGUCUCAGCUUGCUCAGGGUGUAUUGUGGGACCUUCAAGCAAAAAGAUAUGCAUUAACAGAGACUUUAGGUUACAUCCAUAAGGCCAUAUCACAGCUGCUUUUGUCAAAGAACACACAACCAUCCGAAGCAGCUGAACCAGGUUCUAAAGAGAAAAAUGAAAGAAGAAACUCUGGAGAAAAUGAAGAUGGCCGAUCAGAAGAAACACCUGAAAAUGGAGCAAGCGGAGUUGAUAUUGGUGCAAGAGAAAAGUCGGAUGGUAGUAGUGCAACAAAUCCAGAGAAAAGUUCUACAGACAAUCAUACAGUCCCAGAAGGUGCCGUUGCCAUGGCAACAGAGAUGUCUUUCAGAAAUGACAAUCAGAUGAAUACCGGUUCAGUAUUGGACACAAAUAUGCAUACAUGUAUGCAUCAUCAUACACAUGAAGAACAUAUUGAGGGUCAUAUGUGUCAUUCAGUGUUAAGUCAACAUUUUGAUCAGAUGUUGAAUAUUCACGUGCCUCAUCUAGGAGAUGUUCCCGUGCAUUGUGAAACGGAAACAGAACUCAAAUGUAGUUUCUUUGAAGUGUGUUCAUCAUGUGAACUUUUGCAUAAGUCUCGGAAAAUUUUGUUCGAAGAUGAACCAAGAUUUCAUACCCGACCCGAUGCUGGGUUCAAGGACAUGACAAAUAUUAUAAAUCCUGCCAAAUAUAUCAAUGUACCAGACGAGUGGUACAGUAUGCCGGUGGACCAGAAGUAUUUCAAGCGUUACAUCACCAUGGCAAUAUUGAAAGAUGAACAAGAGUAUGUGAUGGGAGAACUUAAGAGGGGACCAGAUAGCACACAGUCACCGUUUCCCAAUCCCCUGGAGUCUGUGAGUGUAUUGAUAGAUCUGGCCAACCACUCAGCUCACAUCUCUACGGUAGAGAGACAGGAGUUCGUACAGAAGGUUGUCACCUGGGCUCUGAACUUCUCUGUAACCACGGACCAGAAACAAACAUUUGUUGGCUUGUUACAAUCAAACUUAGAGAGUUAACAAGUUAUCUAUACUGUUGAAUGUUGACUGCUUGUGCUACUGAUCAAUUCAGGGUUUGACACUUAGCAUGAUUUUCCAAGGAUCCUGAAGGACUCCCAAAUUACUGACUCGGCAGCCCUCCUGUCUUUGUGGGAAUCCUCCAAAGAAAGAAUAAAUUUCAGAGCAUUCCCAAUUAUUCAAUGUAAUUUGAGCUAAGUAGGUUGCAUUAAGCUAAGCAUAUGCAUUUAAGCCGUUUUCUGCAGCUUCACAAUGUCUCUGUUUAAAAGGUUGUUCUCUCCAUUAUGAUUGAUAAUCAGAGUUUGGCAAUGUCUCGGCUACAGAGAAAAAGAUCUUGUAUGUGUGCUGGUCCGUGUUACGGCCCACUACUUGCUCUAGGAGACUGAUCCUGAUCAGUUAGGAACAAGCAAACUUCUUAUGUUAACCAUUGCAACUUUUGUAGCAAAUUAUUGAAAGUUUAUACUAAGUUGAGCAAUAGUUGCACUGAGAUAAAGGAUCCCAAUGAAUAGCAAUAGUUGCACUGAGAUAAAGAUCCCAAUGGAAUAGCAAUAGUUGCACUGAGAUAAAGGAUCCCAGUGGAAUAGCAAUAGUUGCACUGAGAUAAAGGAUCCCAAUGGAAUAGCAAUAGUUGCACUGAGAUAAAGGAUCCCAGUGGAAUAUAGCUAGCUGCCAGAGAGAAAGAGUCUUAACAAAUAUCAAGGAUCCUUGGAGCUCUAGAAUCCUAUUACUGUCAAACCCUGUAGUUUUACAUUCUUAAGUGUUUUUGUGUGAAAAUGUUGCCUUUGUGCUAAGAUAUCUGGAACCAUUAAAAAAUACUGUCAAAAUUGAUCAUUUUUAGCUCACCAGAGCACAAAGUGCUUAAGGUGAGCUAUUGUGACCGGUCAUUGUCCGGCGUCAGGCAACAUUUGCCUUGUGAACACUCUAGAGGCCACAUUUGUGACCCAAUCUUUAUGAAACUUGGUCAGAAUGUUUGUCUUGAUGAUCUCUAGGUCAAGUUCGAAACUGGGUCAUGUGGGGUCAAAAGCUAGGUCAGUAGGCCAGAUCAAAGGGAAAGCUUGUGAACACUCUAGAGGCCACAAUUUUGACCCAAUAUUUAUGAAACUUGGUCAGAAUGAUUGUCUUGAUGAUUUCUAGGUCAACUUCAAAUCUGGGUCAUGUUGGGUCAAAAACUAGGUCACCCGGUCAAAUCAAAGGAAAAGCUUGUGAACACUCUAGAGGCCACAAUUUUGACUCAAUCUUUAUGAAACUUGGUCAGAAUGUUUGUCUUGAUGAUUUCUAGUUCAGGUUUGAAACUGGGACAUGUGGGGUCAAAAACUAGGUCAAAAUGCCAGAUCAAAGGAAAAUCUUGUCAACAUUCUAGAGACUGCAAUUUAAGUUUGGAACUCGUGAGAAUUAAUCAGAAUGUUUGUCUUGAUAAUCUAUAGGUCAUGUAUAAAUCUGGGUCAUGUCUGGUCAAAAACUAGGUCACCCAGUCAAAUCAAAGGAAAUGCUUGUGAACGCUCUAGAGGCCACAGUUGUAACCCAAUCUUUAUGAAACUUGGCCAGAAUGUUUGUCUUGAUGAUUUCUAGGUCAGUUUCGAAACUGGGUCAUGUGGGUUCAAAUGAAAGGCUUGUGAACACUCUUGAGGCCACAGUUGUGACUCAAUCUUUAUGAAACUUGGUCAGAAUGUUUGUCUUGAUGAUCUCUAGGUCCAGUUUUAAUCUGGGUCAUUUGGGUUCAAAAACUAGGUCACAGGAAAAGGAAAAAAGUUUAUGAACACUCUAAAGGCAACAGUUGUGACUCAAUCUAUAUGAAACUUGGUCAGAAUGUUUGUCUUGAUGAUCUUUAGGUUAAAUUCGAGUCAGGUCAUUUGGAAUCAAAAACUAGGUCAGUAGGCCAGAUAAACUCUGAUGAGCGAUAUAGGGCCAACAUGGCCCUCUUGUUAGUUAUAAGUGUCAAAAAUGGCUGAAUUUUGCUAUGGGAAAUAUCCUCAUCAUUUUUUUAACAAUAGAUUUUAAAAAUAAUCCAUUUAGUUUGAAAUUUAAAAAGUGCUUAUGAUCACCUCAGAGGCUUAUUAGAAUGACGUGUAAUAUCAAAAGUAUAGUCAUAUUUAAAGAGAAAUCAAGGAAAACUCUGUUAUGGAGUUUUAUGUUUUGUUGAUGUUUGAAUGUACCAUAAACAACAUCUCAGGUCGUCUGCUGCUGUAAGGGAUACAGACAAUACCCCUUGACAAAAUGUCCCUGGUUCAGUUUGACCAAUGUGGAUGAAAUCCCUCUUUUUCAAUUGUAUGAAAAUUUUCACUUCAUUCUUUUUGAAAAAAUUAUAAUUAUCCAGUUAAAAAAUGUAUUUAUUUUUAAAUUUCUUCAGUGGUCAAAUUAAGCAGGGGUGGGGUGGGGGUGCUUUUGUCCAACAUUUAUCCAUGUGAAAUGAAAUGAAAGUGAUAAUAAGGUCACAAGUUGGACUAGUUCUACUUAUGUCUUAAGUUUGGUUAAAGCUGCAUUGGUUAGAAUUUUGUCAUGCCAGCUUCUCAUGGAAAUAUAUAACAGUUAGCUCACUGGAACUAAUAUCACCUCAACUUCUCAAAGGUUCCCUUCUGAACAAUUUCCGGUUCUGGUGUUAACACAUUAAUUUUGUUUAAUCAUAGCUGCCAAUCAGAUGUCAAGACAGUCGUGCCGAUACAUGCAGAAGUUACGUACUUGCUUGUUUGGUAAAACACUGUCUGCAAGGUCUUUAAUUGGUCUCGUCAUGAAUAUCAGGUUGUGACUAACCUCUUGAUAAUCAAGAAAAAAGUCCUGGCUUUUUGUAAAAUGAAGAAGGACUAUAAACUAUUUGUUGUCUUUCAUUUAGCUAUAUGCUCUAUAGAUUCUGUUGUCAUUUUUAUAUGCCAGAAGGGACGUAUUAUGUUAUACCCCAGGUGUCAGUCCGUCCGUUAGCAAUAUCGUGUCUGCUCUGUAACUUUUGAACUCCUUGAAGGAUUUCAAAGAAACUUGACACAAAUGUUCACCAUACCAGGAUUAUGUGUAGAGCACACGUUCUUCAAGGUCAAGGGUCACACUAGGGGUCAAAGGUCAUAUGAGUGUGUUUCGUGUCCGCUCUGUAACUCUUGAACUGCUUGAAGGAUUGUAAAGAAACUUGGCACAAAUGUUCACCACAUCAAGACAACUUGCAGAGCGCAUGUUCUGGAUGUCUUGCUUCAAGGUCAAGGUCACACUUAGGGGUCAAGGGUCAUUGCUGUGUAACUCUUGAACCCCUUGAAGGAUUUCAAAGAAGCUUGACACAAAUGUUCACCACAUUGACACGCAUGUUCUGGAUGGCUAGCUACAAGGUCAAGGUCACACUUAGUGGUCAAAGGUCAUACCUUUGGGCGUAUAUUGCUCUGCAUUGCGGUGCUCUUGUUAGAUAUGUUUCUUCUCAUUUAGUUGCAAAAUAGAAUAACUCUGUAUAAUAGGGAUUCAUAAUGCAGAAGCUGAUAUGUUGAACAUUUUCUGAAAUUGUUUCAUAUGCAUAACUAUAAUAAGAAUGUGAAAAUUUAAAAAAAUAUAUGAACUUUUUUCUGGUCUGUGUAGGUUUUGGUAUUGCAUACAUUUUUACCAUGUGAACCUUUUUGUUCAAAAGUAACUUUUAAUUUCUAUGUACAGGUGAUCUUUAAAAUGAAAUGUACAUGCAUUCAAAUCUAAUAAAAUUUAACUGUCCAUAAUUUCAACAUUAGACAAAUGUGAAGUUUCUUUUAGAUUAAUAAACUACAAUUUGAAUGGAAGAAUUUUCAAAGAGCCAUUAUAGUAGAAUGACAUUGUGCCGUAAAAAAACAUUACCUCAUGAUGCAUUUGAUGAAAUUAGCUAAGAAUAACUUUUAACCCUUACCCCCCUAAAUUUCUAUAAUGAACUUGUCCAUUUUAAUUUGGACAGUACCAUUAAACAGGCAGCUUACCAAAAAAGAUACUGACUGAAUGGUGAACAGUGCAGAUCUUGAUCAGACUGCAUGCAUGUGCAGACUGAUCAUGAGCUACACUGGUCUCAAAGGCAGAAUCAAUCAUGUCCAGCAUGAUAAGGGUUAAUAUUUGUAGAUCUAGUUGGUUGUUUAAUGCAUCAAUAUUUAGUAAAGGGAGUCUUUAUGGUCAAGCGGUAAAGGUAAAGCACCGCCUCGAUAGCCUAGUGGUAGAGCGUCCGCUUCGAGUGUGGAAGGUCGUGGGUUCGAUCCCCGGCCACGUCAUACUAAAGACUUAAAAAUGGUACCAGUAGCUCACUUGCUUGGUGCUCCGCAUUAAAAGGGAAACUGGCCUCUUCUCUCAUACCCUCAUGGCGAUGUAUUCCAUCAGGAAUGAGGUGUCGAGAGUGAUUAAUAUAAGUUGUAGAACUUCCUUCACAAUCCACCUAAAAUAAAUUAUGUAUGAACUAAGCGGUAAAGGUCACUAACUUUGAAUUAGUUUCCGCACAAUACAAUGGCUCUGAGCAGGUCAUUGUAUGAGAAAGCUGUCCAGUUAGCUUAGGGAAGGUCUGUUGAUCUACCAGGGUGCCUGUCUAUGCAUGAAGUAAUGACUACAAGUGCACCUGGUACCUUCUUGACCAUUAAAAACUGGAAAGUCACCAUUUGAUCAGAACAGUGUCUUUCUGACUUAAAAUUGAAAACAAAGUAUUUAGUAUGUCUUGUAGGGACAAACCUUAAAUUGACAACUUACGGGGAUUAGGAAUUUAACACAGAAUACUGGAAAAGCCCAAUGAGAGAUUUGAAGCUUAAUAUUUAAGAUUAAUUGUGUCAUUCAUAUAUGUAUGUUUGUUGUUGAUUUUGUUGGUUACAAUUUAGAUACUUUGUGUAAAUUGCUGACACGUUGAUAUUAUUUCAAUGAAAAAUAUCAAAAAGCUGAUGUAAUAGUAAAUCUGCUACUUAAUUUUGCAUGCUGACAUUUCUCAGGCCAGUAAUAAAGAGUUGUUUGUUUUAAAAAUAUCCUUUUAAAAAAGUCAUUGUUUUCAAUUGUUGAAGCAGUAUGUAGGAGGGUUUAUCCAAAUAUAAUAUCACUGCACGUUUAUUCACUGUUACAUUAUUAUAGUCAAUAUAUCAAGAUAUACACUAAUUCAGUUCUGAUUGCAUGUGUAAAUAUUCUUUUCUGGGGUCAUUCAUUUUAACUUUUAGCCUGCUGGCAACAAGUGACUCUGCCUUUGCGACCCAUGCAGACCAAUCAUGGUCUGCACUUUUCACUAUUUUGUCAGUAAAUUUUCAGUGCACACCCCUUUGAAUAAUACAUGGUAUUGCCCAAAUUGAAUGAUGGACCAGUCCAUUUUAGAAAUUUAGCGGCUAAAGGUUAAAAGCAUACCACUGACACCAUUUCACCACAUGCAAAAAAAUAAGGACAGUCACCAGAUGACAUCUAAAAAAUGCACCUCACCAUAUGAAAUGAUAAUCAACAGAAACUGUUGUGUAGCAACAUCUGUCUUCAAUCAACCAAAAAAUGUUUAAACAGGUUGAAUUUCACAUGUAGUGCUUAUAAGGCUUUCAAAAAUGUCAAUUUCUGAUGUUAACCCUUAUCAUGCUGGUUACAAUUGAUUCUGCCUUUGCCUUGAUCAGACUGCACAGAUGUGCAGGCUGAUCAUGAUCUGCACUGUUCGCUAUUCAGUCAGUACCUUUUUUGUAUGCACCCCUUUAAACAGUUAAUGGUACUGUCCAAAAAUUUAGCAUGGUAAGUGUUAAUAAUGUCACUGACAUGUGGCAGUUGUUAAAAUACUUUCCAUAACUUGUCAAUAACAUGAUAAAUAUACUAUAAAUUGUAUGUUAUUUUUAGAAAAUACUGCAAAAACAUUAAGGUACUUUAAGGAAUUUUAGUUUGAUUUUAUUUCAUUACACGUCUUAAAAGUGCUAUAUAUGGAUCAGUCCUCAUUUAUAUGACUUAUUGAUGUAGUUUAUAUUAAUUUUCUGCUUGAUUCAUUUUGAAAAACUUAGACAGUUGAGUUAUUUUUCUUAAAUUUGUGAUCAUAAAUGAUGAAAGUGAUAAUUUGGAUAUUCCAGGGUGGCAACAUGAACUGUUUGAAGAUUUUAGCCUGCUGGCGGCAAGUGAUUUUGCCUUUGCGACCAGUGCAGACCAAGAUCAGCCAGCACAUCUGUGAACACCCCUUUGAAUAAUAAAUGGUACUGCCCAGAUUGAAAGAUUGCCCAAUCAUUUUAGAAAUUUAGUAGGAUAAAGGUUAAGGAAGAAAAUAUAAUGUUUUUAAGAUACCGUCUUUAAUUGGUUAAUAUUCGAUUUUGGCAUACAUGUAUAUUUAUAUCCUUUCCUUUUAAGAAAUUGUUAAAAUUCUCGUAGCAUCAAAGGAAAUAUUAUUACAAAUAUUCCCUUUAUAAUAGCGCCAAUAAAACAAAUGACAUGUUCUAUAUUUCAUGCCAGCUGGUUUUAGUCAGAGGUCUUAAAAUUCAAACAGUUUUUGUUGGCCAUUCCAAGAGAUUUAUAUGAGCCGCGCCAUGAGAAAACCAACAUAGUGCGUUUGCGACCAGCAUGGAUCCAGACCAGCCUGCGAAUCCAUGCAGGCUGGUCAGGAUUCAUGCUGUUUGCUAACAGUUUCUCUAAUAGCAAUAGGCUUUGAAAGCGAACAGCAUGGAUCCUGACCAGACUGUGUGGAUGUGCAGCCUGGUCUGGAUCCAUGCUGGUUGCAAACGCACUGUUGGUUUUCUCAUGGCGCGGCUCAAUUAUACUGAUCAAUAGAGCUAGCCUGUCGAUGAUGAUAUAGCUACCAGUGUAAUAAUAAGGAGUGUGGAUCUACAGAUCUUGUGGUGAUGAGUUUGGGGCAGGAUUAUGUUCUCCAUGAUGAUCUGAUAAAAACAUUUCCCAUCUAUGUCUGACUCUUGUGGAGAAGUCAGCACAUACUUGUGGAGAGCAUGUUAAGUCCUGUAUUAGAACCAAGGAAUAAAUUUUAAAAAAAUAAGCUAAACCCAAAACAAACAAAGAAGUUUAUUAUUUUGAACAGUUUGUGUGGUCUCAUUUAAGAUAAAAAAGAAGAAUUAUUUUGAUGUUAUUAUUAACCUUUAGCCUGCUGGCGGCACGUGAUUCUUUUGAACCAGUGCAGACCAAGAUUAGCCUGCACAUCCAUGCAGUCUGAUCAUGGUCUGCACUGUCCGCUAUUCAGUCAGUAAAUUUUCAGUAAACACCCCUUCAAAUCAUAAAUGGUAUUCAUAUGAUAAAUGGUAUUGCCCAAAUUGAAUGAUGGACCAUUCCAUUAUAGAAAUUUAUGAAAAAAGAUCAGUUUCGUAUGAAGUUACGCAAUUUUUUCUUUCCAAAGUAAUGUAAAUAGUGAACGGCAGGCUAGUUGUUUUGGUCAAUAUAUGGCGAGUCUUGUUGUUAAAGUACUGUUGAAAUGGCACUGAAUUCAAUAUAUACAUUCGCUGUUAAGGAGCUCAAAAAAAUCUGUUUUACAAAUAACACAGUUUUUGUUAUUAAAUUAUUUGAGCCGCACCAUGAGAAAACCAGCAUAGUGCAUUUGCGACCAGCAUGGAUCCAGACCAGCCUGUGCAUCCGUGCAGUCUGGUCAGGAUCCAUGCUGUUCGCUAACUGUUUCUCUAAUUGUAAUAGGCUUGAAAGCGAACAGCAUGGAUCCUGACCAGACUGCACAGAUGCGCAGGCUGGUCUGGAUCCAUGCUGGUUGCAAACGCACUGUUGGUUUUCUCCUGGCGCAGCUCAUUUGAUGUACAAUAUGAAUUGUAAUCAUCCAGAUGUGAACUGUUAUCAUUUUAGCAUACUGUGAGUAUGGCAACCUUUGUUGUGAUAUUUGUAAUAAAGUCUCAUCAUGAUAACAUA